GCAAUGAUGCCGCAGGCGAGCAUCUUCCUGGUUUGCGCCUUCCUGCUGCCUUUUGCCCCGUCCUCCUCGACGAGCAGCAGUGAGGAUCUGCCACCCGAGCUUCAAGAGACCUGCAGCAGCAGCGACGACGCCUCCUCGUGCUCCCGCGGACCGCACGCCCACAUGGCAGCUGCGGACGACGGGAAGAUCUCAGACCGGGCCCUCGGGGUGAGGAGAGGCACCGAUUUUUCAUUUCACUCCUCACCCAUCUCAUUGCGUGAUUCUGUGUGUGUGUGUUCAGUGUCUUUUGGGAGCGCUUGUGGGCGAUGCCUCAGGUAGCACAGCAGCAGGCAGUGACAGACAGCACAGCACAGCACAGCGCAUGCCACCAACAGAGAACGGAGGACGAUUGAUUGCCGCGAUGGUGCCUGUGGGCCUUGCAGGUGCUGUGUUGGAGUUCCAGAAGACCAAGGUGACGGCCAAGGAGGUGGCCAAGGCUCUCACGAUGCCCGGCGGCGGCGUCUGGAAGGUCGGGCCGGGACAAAUCACUGACGACGGGUACCCCUAACCGCACAACACACACAACGAAAGAGGGAGCGGCCACUGCAGCACAUGAGCAUCCUUGUGUGAUGCCGUCCGCGUGUCUGUCAGUGAGCUGACUCUGUGCCUGGCCCGCGGCCUCGUGGCCGGAGAAGGCAAAUUCGAUCUGGACAAAGUGACGGUCAGACGACAACACAAACGACAAAGAGGCGUUAGUUAGAGUGCUGGUUGCGGUGCAUGUGUGGUUGUUGGUCUUGGUCUGUCGGUGCAUGUCUGUCUGCAGAAGGAGUAUUCCGCCUGGUUCGACUCGCCCCCUUUCGACAUCGGAACCACCACCACAAAGGUAGGUACCCACGGGUGGCUGUGCAUGCCGGCACACCGGUGGGUGGUCGGUGGCAUCAAUGCAUGCAGGCCCUGGAGGUGGCCUUCAGCGGGCUGGCGAAAGUCGUUCGUAAGGCGGCGAGGGACCACAACCAGCAGAGCCAGUCCAACGGAUGCCUCAUGCGAUCCACACCAAUGGCCGUAAGUGAGUGGGCGACAGACAGAGAUGCGAUGCAGCCAUGGGCGGGCACCAUGGCCGACCUUGCUUGCCCACAUCAACGUUUCCCUCUGUGUGUGUGUGUGUGUGUGUGCGUCAUCCAUCCAUCCAUCCAUCCGACAUCAGCUGUGGGGCCACAAGCUGUCUGACGCGCAGCUGAUGGACAUCGUUGCCCAGGUGUGUGUGCCUCUGUGUGAGCCAGGAUACUCGUGGAUAGAGUCUCUCGACUGCCUCUCUGUGUUGUCUGUGUGUGCAGGAGGUCAGCCUGACGCACCCUAACAAAGACAUCCAGAAUGCAGUGGGCACAUACGUCGUCGCUGCUGGUGAGGGAGGGGGUGCCCACACCCUUUGCAAGCCAGCGGGCGGAUCGUGGGCACGGUUUCUCCUUCGCAACUGACUGCUAUGUGUCUCGUGUGUCAGCUUAUUUGAUCAACAAUGGGGGCGGGACUAAGGAGGCGCGAAAGGCGGCGUUCGACAAGGCCAAGUAAGCAACCGCCGCCGCCUCCGUGUGUACGCGUCUGUGUGAUCGUAUCAACGUUACAGGACUGUGGCCGGCCCGCUGGCUCGCGAGUGGCUGGAGCUGGCUGCAUCCAACGAACAUUUCUCUGUCGACGGCAAGGGCAUGGGCUGGAUCAAAUGGUAGGCGGCGGCCGCUGGGGGAUGGGGCACCUCACCCGACAGACAGUCUCUGUCUUCCCCCCUCUCUCUCUCACCCUCUUGCAGGGGAUUCACUCUGGCGUUCCGCCACCUGCUGUACGCCGAGAGCUAUGAGGCCGCCCUCCGCGACACCCUCGUCCUCGACGGGGACACCGACACGAAUGCCUGCAUCGUCGGCGGCCUAUACGGGGCGGCCGUGGGGGCAUCGGCCAUUCCCACACACCUCAAGGAACCGGUCCUCAGUUACAGCUUCGAAGGUACGUACGCCGAUACGCCAUGUGUAGACGUGCCAUGGUGGGGUGUGAUGUAUCUCUGCGUCUGCGUGUGUGUGUGUGUGUGCAGAUAAGGGCGGCCAACGGCGUCCGCCGUUCCUGUAUUCGCGGCAGGCGCCGGGCCUGGCCGCCGAGCUCAUGAGGCUGGCCCCGUCGGCCGGCCCUCAGGAUGCUGCAAAUGACCAGACGUGUGGUGGUGGUGGUGGUGGUGGCCAGUGUGAUGCCAAGGCUUUUGCCGAUUGAGUAAUUGUGUGGAUAGGGUUGUAGAUACUCACUCUGGUUAACUGCACACGUGUGUGUGUCCAAGAAGGAUAUCAAAGAAGGACAUGCAGCCCAGCCCCCCCACCCCACCGG